AUGAGAAGACCGAGUGUGUCGCUUAUGGUGCUGCACGGUACAGUGGAUGGCACGCUAGACGACUCGAUGUUUGGUGCAUUUGCAGCCUCCGACGAAGCGUGGAAGUGGCGCAGCUCUCACGUCAAUGAUCGUCUUGUUGAUGCUCGUAUCCUAUCGACUAUCAGAGGUCCGACCCAGAAUGACCCAUUUCUCUUUUUGGGUAUCAAGUGGUUUACCAAGGAACACCCGACUGUGUUGACGGGAAUUCUUCAGCGUCGAGACUUUCUCAUUAUGGAGGCAACUGGGCUCACAACUGAUUCCAAAGGCGAGAGAAUUGGGUAUUUUCUGAUGCACUCGGUGCCAAUUCUGCGGGGCGAAUUGAGUUUCUGCUUUAUUCUGCGCCAAAAUGGGCCCAGCAAAGUCGAGUUGUAUUGCCGUGGAUUCAGCGAUCCUCACGGAGAGAUGAUGGAGCGACUAUCCGUUGCAAUUGCCUCGGAAGCUCUCAUCUGCGCAGCUGGGGUCGUCACUAUGCGUACAUUUACGCUUCUUGGCAAAGGUUGCGCCUGUCAGAGCUGCCGCCGCGUGAUUUGCACACGGUGUAGCGUGGUCAAGAAGAUGACGGUGGAUGUAUCGGACACUGGCACAGUCAAGCAAAAUCGGCUUGGGAAAUAG